UCGGCCAGUUUCGGUGGCAGAAGAGGCCACAUCUGCUUCCUGGAGGCCCCCUGGGCAGAAGCAUGCAGUGGUGUCUCCUUCUGAUCUGGGCCCAGGGGCUGAGGCAGGCUCCCCUCCCUGUCUCAGGAGCUGUGACAGGCAGAAUAGUCACUGUGGGGAACAUUUCUGCAGAGGAGGGUGGCUCUGUCGCCUUACAAUGUCACCUCUCCUCCACCACUACCAUGGUCACUCAGGUCAACUGGGAGCAGCAGAACCAACUUCUGGCCACUCAUCAUCCUAAAAUGGGGUGGUAUGUCUGCCCAGCCUUCAGGAAGCGAGUGGUCCCUGGCCCCAACUUGGGCCUCACCCUCCUGCUGCUGACCACAAAUGACACUGGGGAGUACUCCUGCAUCUAUCAUACCUUCCCUGAUGGGAUUUACAAAGGGAGACUCUUCCUGGAGGUCCUACCAAGCUCAGCGUCUGAGCACAGCCCUGGCUUUCAGAUCGCAUUGCUUGGAGUCUCCGUGCUGGCGGUCCUCUGCGUGGCAGCCAUCGCAGUGGUUGCGUAUGCCAGAAAGAAGAAAUUUCUCAGAAUCCGCUCUGUGGACAGUGGCCUCAGGAGAACGCCAUUGGAGCAGGAGGAAUGGGGUCCCCGCGUUCUGUCACCCCAUGGAAGCUGUGUCCAGGCAGAAGCUGUGCCUGCCGGCCUCUGCAGAGAGCAGAGGGGAGAUGACUGUGAUGAGCCCCACGACUACUUCAACGUCCUGAGUUACAGAAGCCUGGGGAGCUUCAGCUUCCUGGCAGAGACUAGUUAGCUCCCAGGGGCAUCUUUGGGGAGACACAGCCUGCCUUCGCUAUUACACAUGGGUGGAUAAGCAUCUGCAGUGUCCAUCACUGCUGUGUGUGUGUGUGUGUGUGUGUGUGUGUGUGUGUGUGUUUCGGUUGAGUGAAUGAAUGUCAUCCCCUUCUCUGUCUGUGUCUCCUGUACCAUUCCAUUGUGGCAAACCCAGGCUGAGCAGCUUGGGUCUUGACGACGAAUGCAGUGUGAAGAAAAAACUUGACCUGUUUUCAAACUGGCUGUUGAGCCGCUUCUGUGGCUGUGAGCAAUGCAUUCCUCCUCACAGCACUGGGCAGAGGGUUCGGGCUACUUGGUUGUGUGGUGGCUGGUGGUGAUGGUGUGACAGCAGAGCUGCACUCAUCUUGUUUCUCAUUGCCAUUUUCAUCAACAUCCACACCGUCAGGGCAUUCUAUGAAUAAGGCAUGACACCAGCUUCUGCAGGGAGAUGUGAGGAUGACUAAACCGUGGUCUCCAGUCUCAGUCUUUUAAGAACUUACAGUGAGGUGGGGAGACAGCAUUGACACGGAAAGUUAGUACAGAGAUGAGGACAUGGGACAUGUUUGGGAAGGGAGGUCAGUUCCGUGUGAGGCGGUCCGAACAGGCUUAUCUGUAGUGAAGUGGCCUGGGAGGUGCAGGGAACAGUGAGGCUGGUCUGGUGAGAACUGGAGCCUUGCCCAGGGAACUCGUAGAAACUAACACUGGGAGUGAAAUCCCCACAAGGAAGAUGCGGGUACCAAGGGCACCCAUAAGACUUCAGGUUUUAUUCUCUGGGCAGGUGUUUCAAGUCUUUUGUUGGAUAGUCUCGGGACCCAGUGAUGGCCUGAUAGAGAGGAUUCUAGGUUCUUCCAGCCAUGUGUGGGGUAAGCCACAGAAAUGGUGUAUGUGUGGGGCCUGCAUCUUAGCCCUUGGGCCGUGACCGACCGAUUUUCUAUCAAUCCAGCACUUUGAAUAAAGAAUCUGUUUCCCACUAAAAGUAAAACCUAAAUUUUAAAAAUAGGGCUUCUUCCUAAAAAGCAAAUAAAAAGAGGGUGAUAGAGGGUUUUAAACAAUUGUACACCCUCAAACUAGCUUCCCUGACCCCUUAAGUUCAGCCCUGAUUUCUUAUUGUUGGGGUUAGGGUGGCAUCUGAGCUGCUCAUUUCUGUUUAAGUGACAUUUAGGUUCUUAUCCUCCCACCUUCGCUCUUAGAGGAAUGAGGAGUCCUCCCCACGGGCAUAGGAACUGAGAGAAAACGUGAAGCAAGACUGUCUCUCGCCAACCGUUAAAGCAAAACAUUGCCCUGCUCCCUAAGAAUUAGGCUGGUUGAGCAAAAAGGCAAUUUGACUCAUACUUCCCCUUGGAUUUUCAUGUUUCUCUCUUUUCUACCAAACCUGUAGGUAGUUAAGAGCAAUGAGCUGAAAUCUGUCCAGAGUGCCAAGUUUUCCUGAAGAAAGGGAAUCCAUGUAAAAUGCUGUUAUUUGCCACAGCAGUUCACAGCAUUUUUCUUACAAAAUGAGUGCAAAUUGGUUGGGAGUAGAACACAGAAUGGGAAAUGAGCUAAGAUAUAACGAGAAAAAGGGAGUGGUGUUUUGAGUUGAUGACGAUGUAUAUUGGGCUGAGGUAGACGGAGAGUCAGUGUUAUUUAACAUGAUUAUGGUAACUGGGAAACAUUUACAAAUACCAUUUGGAUGGUGAUAAAAAUACAAAAGGACCCACAGAUUUUGCAAAUGGGUCAGGUUACUAAAAUGAGAUUGAAUUCAACAUAAAUUUUUAAAUGGAAUUCAAUGAACUAGAUUUUCCUUAGAGAACCAAAGGAGACAAUCCUGUAAAAACCAGAUUCCCGGGAACGUACACAGUCCUGUGCAGCAGCCACUCUCUGCAUAAGCCAUUGAGCACGUGGUUAGUCCGAACUGAGGUGUGUUGUGCUGGAAGUAUAAGAUACACAUCAGGUUUUGAAGACAUAGUAUGAAUAAUAAGAAUGUAAACUAUCACAUUAGUAACUUAAAAAUAUUGAUUACAUGUCGAAAUGAUAUUUUGAAUAUACUGAAUUAAAUGAAAUAUAUUAUUACAAUUAAUUUCACCUGUUUCUUUUUACUCUCCUAGUGAGACCACCGGAUAAUCUAAAAUUGCCUGUGUGGAGGAAAAACUGAGGGUUGCUAGUUGGGAGGGGGUGGGAAUGAAGGAGAAGGGGAAGGAACG